CUUAAAAGUGAUAUUUCGUUUUUUCUGACGAAAACUUUUUCAGUUUUUUUUUCUUAAACUUAAAUGCAACGUAUAAUGCACAUUGAUACAGUUAUUAGUAAAUAAGGUGAUAUUCUACAAGAUAAUUGUGUCGGUGUCCUUUUUGUGUGUUUACUGGCUAUUUAACAGCACUUCUUGCAGAAGUGGUGUGACAACGAUGUUGAGUAGCGGCCGCAGCCACGACACGUGAGUUUCUGUUUUGAUUCCUCAUCAGCGCAAGGCAAGCCUGCAAGUGUCUAUGCCAACGUUACGUCUGUGCAUUGUUGUCGGUUAAAGGGAAAUAAAGACGGUAACACUGUGUUCUUACUUUCUCUGCGAGUCACUGUUUCGCACGUGAAAAUGAAUGAACCGGCUGCUGAGCCAGCUGAUCCUCCUCCAGAAGAGAUAAUAUUAUUUGAAACUCCACGUGGUGUGAUGCAUGAAUCACUGGAAGAGACAGCCCCCGAGCCAACUGCUCCCAUGGACGAGGCUCAAGCUCCAGUCUAUCUCAUUGAUCUGGAGGAGUUGGAAGGGCUCAACUUUUCCUUCCUUCAAGCUCAAGAGCUAGAAAGGCAAGGCUGCUACGUGAUUCAGAAGAGUGCUGCAGCUACAAGUGACAAAUCAUCUGCCAGCACAAGCGCCUCUACCAGUACAAGCGGUGUUCCUCUUAUAAGCGAUGCUCCUGCAGGUUCCGCCAUUCUCACCGUUGCGUCUAGAGGGAACCUUCAACCCAGCCACGAAAAGAAUGCGACAGGACCUCCGCUUCAAACUUCUAAGCAACAAAAGACGGUUUCUACCAUAUGGGCUCAUUUUGAAAGGUGCACCAAAGAUAAGCUGGCAGCUACCUGUUGCUACUGCCGAAGGAAGGUACGUGUUGGAAAACCAGGAGGCGACACUCGCACGACGGGGACCACAGCACUGCACAACCAUAUGAAGCGUAACCACGCACAUCUAGUUACAAAUCCAAGGGAAGCAGCAGCAAAGGAAAAAAGCUCACUAAUUCAACAGAGUGCACCCGAGUCAAAAAACCAGAAGAAAGUGCAACCGACACUCCAGGAAGCACUAGACCGGAAGAAGGCCUGGGAGCCCACUGAUGCGCAGGCACUGCUGCACUGCCAAAAGCUGGCAGAAUUUCUGGCUGUCAGCAUGAAGCCAUUCUCUAUGGUGGAAGACCCAGCAUUCCUCAGGUUCAUGCACUACUGUGUGCCCAAAUGGAAGAUUCCUGGGAGGAAACACUUUGCUUCCUCUGUUGUUCCUGCUCUCGAAGCAGCCAUUCGUGAGGCCCUCAAGAAAGAGCUCAAACUCAGCAUUGGGGGAAUAGUGCAUCUGACCACCGACAUCUGGUCAAGCCGGCAAGUGACGGACUACAUGUCUGUCACAGCUCACUGGAUGAUCCAGGAUCAGCAGGGAUGCCUGUCCAGACGGAAGGCAGUCAUGGACAUGGCAAGUUUCGGCCAAACGCACACGGCUGAGAAUAUAGCCGAAAAGUUGGACUCCGUCGUGAAACGCUGGCUGCCACCUCUGGACUUAGAACCAGGUUAUGUGACCACGGACAACGCUCAGAAUGUUGUCAGAGCAUUAAGAGAUGUCAACAUGAAGCGAAUUCCGUGCAUGGCACACUGUCUCAACCUCGUUGUGAAAGGAGGCCUAUCGAAGGCUGGACCAGCUGUGGAAGAUGCUUUAAAGACUUCCCGGGCCAUCUGUGGACAUUUUCACCAUUCGGCUACAAAAAUGUCAAAGCUCGCAGAGGUACAGCGCCGGCAAAACUUGCCCCAGCACCAGCUGCUACAAGACGUGCCAACUCGCUGGAACAGCACCUUGCAUAUGGUAGAACGACUGUGUGAGCAACGACGUGCGGUGACAGAGUUCUUUGAAGACAGCAGCAAGCACCACCUCACUCCAGAACAGUGGAUGCUUUUGAAGACCCUGAUAACUGUGCUGCGACCAUUUGAGGAGGCGACCCUCCUGGUGUGCAUGGAUGAUGCCACAUUAGGUCAAGUGCUGCCUCUGCUCAAGUUCAUUGAACGGAGCCUUGAACGGAUGGCCAGCCGUGAAGGGGCAGCGGGUACUGCACAGCUUGCUGCCAGCCUGCUAACUGCAUUGCACAGCAACAGGCAUCUGAACAGCAUCAAGGAAGACAUUGUGUACUGGGCUGCAAGCUUCUUAGAUCCAAGGUUCAGGAACACAUUUGGCAACUACACUGAAGACCAGGCCGCUUUAAAACUGAAAAGGACGCAGGAGCACCUUAUUCGCCAGAUUGAGGAGACCAUGGAUGCUAAAGAUGACUGCAUCACAACAGAAACCUCGUCGCAAAUGUCAGCGCAACCGUGCAGUACAUCGGUUCAAACAGUGACCCCACCUCCAGCUGGAGAAUUCAGCCUGUGGUUUUCCAGCUCCGACGAGAUGGGACUGACCCAGUCACAAGUGCGGCCAGGGCAUGCACCACCCCAGCCAUCCUUAGCUGCAAAGGUUGAGCUGGACGCAUAUGCCCAGGACAGAGAAGCUGACAGCUAUGGAGUGCAGAGUGACCCAUUGCAAUAUUGGGCAACAAAGAAAAACCAGUGGCCUUCUCUUUUCGUAACUGCAGUCAAGCACCUGGCAUGCCCCCCAACCAGUGUUUACUCUGAGCAGGCAUUCAGUGCAGCAGGCAUGAUUGUAACCGAGAGGAGGAACCGUCUAAGCACGAAAAAUGUUAGCAUGCUGGCAUUCAUUCGGAUGAACAGGGCUUGGAUCGACAAGACAGCAUCCCCAAUUACUUCGAUGCUGGAGCAAGAUCUGGUCAGCUCAGAAUCAGAUGACGAGGACGAAGAGCCACUUCUUAAGAGAGUUCACUUUGAAGAUACUUAGUGCUUGAUGCCAAGAUCUCCAUAUGUUUAUGUUCACAAAUAAUGGGACCCAUUAUAUUGUGCUAUCAAUUCGUUGGAGCACAUGAAUCCGUAUA